AUGACGACACCUGCAAAUAGUGUUAUGAACGGCAAUCACUACGAGGAAUUGCAUCAAAGACGCCUUAAUAUGUACAAAUCCAAAGUGGAUGUUGUACUGGGUGCCCAAUGGGGUGAUGAGGGCAAAGGCAAAGUUGUGGAUAUGUUGGCCCUGGAUGUUGAUAUCGUCUGCAGAUGCCAGGGUGGCAAUAAUGCUGGUCACACUGUCGUUGCAAAUGGCACCGAAUUUGAUUUCCAUCUCUUGCCCAGUGGCAUUGUCAAUGAAAAAUGUAUUUCAGUAAUCGGUAAUGGUGUUGUCAUUCACUUACCCUCACUCUUCGAGGAAUUGAGCAAAAAUGAAGCUAAGGGCCUACAAAAGAUCGAACAUCGUUUGAUCAUUUCCGAUCGUGCUCAUUUAGUGUUCGAUUUCCAUCAGGCCGUCGACGGUAUGCAAGAAGCUGAAAAGGGUGGCAAAUCGUUGGGUACCACCAAAAAGGGUAUUGGUCCAGCCUACUCCAGCAAGGCUACACGUAAUGGUAUACGUGUUGGUGAAUUGCUGGGCGAUUUCAAUCUCUUCAGUGAUAAAUUCAAGACCAUUGUGGCCACUCACGUUCGCCUGUUCCCCUCCAUCAACGUCGAUGUUGAUGCUGAAUUGGCACGCUACAAAGAAUAUGCGGAAAAGAUUCGCCCAUAUGUCAAGGAUACAAUUUGCUUUUUGCACACUGCCUUGCGUCAGGGUAAGACCAUUUUGGUUGAAGGCGCCAAUGCUGCAAUGUUGGAUAUUGAUUUUGGCACAUAUCCCUAUGUGACCAGCAGUAAUUGUAGUAUUGGUGGUGUGUUGACUGGUCUUGGCCUGCCACCACAAACAAUUGGUGAAGUUAUUGGUGUUGUCAAAGCCUAUACGACACGUGUUGGUGAUGGUCCCUUCCCCACCGAGCAAUUGAAUGAAAUUGGUGAGCUGUUGCAAACUCGCGGCUUUGAAAUUGGUGUUACCACCAAGAGAAAACGUCGUUGCGGUUGGUUGGAUUUGCCUCUACUGAAAUAUACCUCAUUAGUUAAUGGCUAUACCUGCAUCUGCCUUACAAAACUUGAUAUCCUAGAUACUUUAGAUGAAAUCAAAGUUGCUGUCGCGUACAAACGUUCGAAUGGUGAAAAGCUGGAUCAUUUCCCUGGCACCAUUGCCGAAUUGGGCACCAUUGAGGUCGAAUAUGCCGUUCUGCCCGGCUGGAAGACGAGUACGGAAAAUAUCCGCGACUUCAAGGAAUUACCCGAAAACGCACAAAAAUACGUACGCUUUAUUGAGAGUGAACUGGGUGUACCGAUACGAUGGGUCGGUGUUGGCAAGGGCCGUGAAUCUAUUAUUAAUGUACAUUAGCACUUAGCA